UACAUCCUCGUCUCCCCCUCGAAACCCCCAAAGAAAACGUGUGAAUAUACUGGCCGAGCUCGUCGUCCGCCCUUCUCCUCUUCGUGAAUUGAUCCUGUCGUGUCUUUUUUCCGGCGCGUCCCCGUUGUCUUUUGAUCUAUUGCCUCGAUGCAGCCCACACUAGCCCCAGCGCCGCAUCCAAGUAUGCAAACGUCUGCUCAGGACCAUGCGGAUCAGGUGCUGCAUGACCAGCUCCUGGCUGCUCACCAACAUCUGUCGCACCCACAGCAGGCACGUCCGCAAGGUCCGACCGCGCAGCCUCCGCAUAUGCAACCCAACACCACCAGCCCUCGAGACCAGAACAACAUCGACCCUGCCAUCUCCGGCGCUGCAAUGCUCAGUGGUCCCCCUCAGACUCCUCCCCAGCCAGAGCCUACGGGCCAGGAAUCCCCCAAGACAUAUGGCAAGCGACCGCUGUCGACUUCCAAGCGCGCUGCCCAGAACCGGGCCGCACAGAGAGCUUUCCGUCAACGCAAGGAGAGCUACAUUCGCAAGCUGGAGGAGCAGGUGAAGGAGUUUGAUAACACAAACGAGACGAUGAAGCAGCUGCAAGCCGAGAACUACCAGCUCCGUGAAUAUAUCAUCAACCUGCAAUCGCGCUUGUUGGACUCUCAGGGCGAGGUUCCCGAGCUGCCUGGCAACAUUGAUCUGAACCAGCCACGAAAUGAUAUCUCUGUUCCCCCGCCGGGGGCUCCGGCGGCCACCGGUCCCGCGCCCGGUCCUGGCGGUGCACCGCAGCAAAUGCAGGUCCCCAACCCCGGUGCUGCCUCGAACGAAGACAUGAACUCGCUGAAUCGUAUCGCGGUUGCUGGCCUGGGAAUGCGCAAGCACCCCAAUGAGGAGGCGAACUUCCUGGGGAACAAUUUCCAGGCUCGUCGCCCGCGCAAUGACGACGGACAGCCCGAUGGGUCUGACGCCACGAAAACGGAGCCUGGUCACGGGUUGCCCGUUGUAUCAUGAGUGAUCCGGAUAUGUUCGAACUCGAUAUUACCCUUGAUUGUUGUCGCCAUUUCUGUAUUCUGUUGAUUGCGAACGCCCGAGAUAUAUCAUCAGCUCAUUGCUUUUCUGUUUCGAUAUUCCUAUCGUUGUCGUAUCUUCUG